CUAGAGCAACGCCAGUUUGACCUGGAACGUGAUGUUGCACACUGGAAGCAGCAGUAUGAAGAGGAGCAUGAAGCCCGUGUCAAAUUUGAGCAGAAAGCUGAAGAUGCCCUCGAGAAAGUUACCAUGCUGGAGCAGCAGCUACAACAACUCAACACCAAAAAUGAGACUCUGUUAUGUGAAUUGAAAAUCACAAGAAGUGAGACUGAUUCCCUUACCAGUUCUUGCAAUGCUCUCUCUGGCACCAUUGAGACCAAAAACGGGCUCAUUUUAGAUCUGAAGAACCAGAUCACUAGCUUGGAGCAGCAGGUCUCUGGGGCCAUGAGAGCAAAGGCUGAGGCGCAAAUACAGUCGGAAGAAGCAGCCAACCUGCAGAGACAACUUGAAAACAAGGAAAGGCUGCUGUCUCAGGAGCGUAGCAUGCUGCGCGGCCAAGUUGAGUUGCUGCAGCAGCAGCUGGAGAAGCGGGUGCAGGAGGCUAUGUUACUUCGCAAUGAACAUUCCAGCAAACUGGUGCAGCUGCAGCAAGAUCUUCACAUCGCCACUACAGAGAGCCGCGUGCUGAAGGAGAGUCAGGAGCAGCUGGAAAAAGCAGCUAAAGAAAGCCGCAAGCGCGUCAGCGAGCUGCUGGAGACGCUCAAUGAGGCACGUGACAAUGAGCUCAAACUCGAGGAAAGCUUCAGGAUGGAGCUCAGUGCCCAGCAAAAACUUGUCUCUAUUUAUCAAAUAUCAUCGGAGGAUCUCAAGACCCAAUGCGAUGAGCUGGAGCGUGGUGUGCUUGAGCUGAGGUCCCUCCUGAAGGAGGCAAGUGAGCAAUACGGGGCCCUGGAGAGGGCCAAGGAGAGCCAGGCCCAGGAGGCUGACGCUCAGCUCCAGAAGAGAGAGGAGAUUAUUGCUGACCUUAGAGAUGAACUUGAUAAGGUUAACAUGCUGCUUGAGGCAAACGCAAAAAAAGAGGAAGAAAACGCGAUGUUUUCCCUGACCCCGGCUGCAAAUGCUGCAAGCCAGCUCCUGAGCAAAGGCCUGACGCUGUCUCAACUCUAUGCUGAACACUUGACGGCCACUGACAAGCUCCUCAAGGCGGAGGAAGAAAAUGCAAACCUCACGCGUUACAUCGACCAGAUCCUGCAGGAGAUUGAGGAACGAGCGCCUGCUCUGCAGAAGCAACGAAAGGAAUACAUUGCCGCCACUGAGAUGGUUGAGGCGCUGCAGAAGCAGAUUGAUGAGAACAAUGAAGCUUCGCGCACUAUUCGGGAUGAAUGCAGUGAGCUGGAACGGCGUUGCAAGUUCUUGAUGCGCGAGCAAGAGCGGCUGGUGGGCCGCAACGCAGACCUGGACAGGCAGGUGGCCGUGUUGCUCAUGCAGGUCGAGGCCGCUAGAGCUGGCCUCCCGCCCCCAAACAUAGAUGACAGCAUCAGUGGAGGUGUGAAUGGUCAAGAGAUGGUGAGUGCUCAGCUGCUGUGCUUCCGCGAUGUUAGCGAACUGCAGCAGCAAAACCAGAAGCUUCUGCAGACUGUGCGUGCUCUCACUGACCAAGUUGAGCUUGCAGACACUUCCUCAAGGGACAAGCAGAUUAAGGAACUUCAGGAACAGCUGAAUGAAGCACAUGCCGAGCUCGAGAAACUGCGCAUUAGUCGGGACAAAAUCGAAGCUAUUGUUGAGAACGUCGUCCGUCAGCGUGACACGUACAAAAGUCUUCUUGCCACACAGGGGAAAGAUUGGUCCUCAGCCACUGCUCCUGCUGAGAGCUCUGCAGCAGACACCUCUCGCACAUUCAACGCAGAAGCCGAGGCUAGAGGAGCGCAUGCUCGGCAGCUGAAGGAAGAGCUGGACAAAGUUUCCAAGGAGCUGGAGACCUGUAAGGCUUCACUCGCUUCAGCCCAGCAAGAACUCAAGUCAACAGAGCGGAGGCAUCAAGACCAGCUCAAGGAAUCUCAGAAGCACCUGGAUGAUCUGAGGGCUACUCUUGACAAGACUAGGUCCCAAAACGUGAAGUUGCUGUCGCACGCGGAGUAUAAUGAUGAGCGCAUCAAGACAAUGCAGGGUAAUUGUGAGAGCUUCCAGCGCCAAGUGAACGCUCUUGAAGAAAAGAACACAACCCUGCAAAGCAUUGUAAGCAGACACGAGGCUACAAUGGACCACUUACGCGGAGAACAUAUGACGCUUGUCAAGAAGUUGGCGCAUGCUGAAGUCAUUGCCAACAAUCUGAAGGAAGAAAAGCUCAUAUUUAAGGAAACUGAGGCACGUUUGCUCGCUGAGCGCGAGAAUUUUUCACGCCAAGAGUCAACCCAAGCAAUGGUGCUGGCCAGCCUCGCGAGCAUCAAAAAUAACUUGGAACACAAGGACGCUUCAGAGAGAAUGCAAUACCAGAACAAAAUAGCUGAUCUCACAGAUCAAAAUCUCAGGCUCAAGGCCAAGCUUGAAGCCAAUACAGAUCUUAAGGAGAUGACCAACAAAUUGGCUGUUGUUGAAGAGCGCCUGAAGGCGUGUGAGCGUGAACGCGUCACCAAAUCUGAGCAUCUUGCUUCUGCCAAGGAGCACUUGCAGACACUGCAGAGCCGUUAUGAAGAGUCUCUGCAGCGUGAGAAGCAACUUACUGUGCAACUCAAGCAGCUGCAGACAACAGGAACGAGCGAGAAUAACGGCAAUGAGAACACGAGUUCUGCAGGCAAUGAUGGGUCGUCAGUGCGCGACGUGGAGGUGCAGCUGGCCGAGGAGCGGGGCCGAGUAGCGGCCCUGCAGCGCGCCCUGUCGCUCAAUAAGGAAAGCCUCGCCUCCCUGCAAACAAUUUGCGCUCAGCAGGAGAAGGAGCUUGCGCAGUCUGCGGAGGCUACUCAAACUAUGCUCAAAAAAUUAGAGGAGAUGAGUGCCGAGAAGUUAGCGGUUGAGAAGCAGCUUGCCGCUAUUGAAGAGAAGUUACAGCAACUGCAGGAGACGUCUGAGGAACGAAUUGCAGAACUGACACGUCAGUUGCAGCAGACUCAAGAGGAUGUAUUAUCUUCAAAGGACGUAGUUGAGACUGCUCGAGCUGAUCUCGAAAUGGCCAAAAAAGUUGAGAAUGAUGCCAAGAAGAUCAUUGAGGAGGCUCAGAGAGAGACGUUGGCGGUGCAGCAGAAAUACGAGCGCGAGGUGAUGCUGCACGGCUCUGACCUGCAGCAGCUUGCUAAGCUCAAGGAGGAAGCAGCACAUUACCAAGCUAACUUAGGAAAGAUUACAGCUGAGAAAAUAGCUGCGCAGGAAACUCUUGAGGAGGUGCAGCGCGCCGGCAACCAGCUCACAGAUUCGCUAAAACGAGACCGGGAAAGCCUCACCGAGCGCAUCAAGGAGCUCGAGGACCAGAACAAUUCCCUCGUCGAGCAGUUCUCACAGCUCUCUGAUAAGAUGGCCUCCCUACAAUCGAAGAUGUCUCAGGAUGGCAAUGAGAGCAUAGGAAACGUGUCGAUGAGCGAAGAAGAGUGCCGCACUUCAGAUCAGCUGCGUGAGGUCAUCAAGUAUCUUAGGCGGGAGCGCGAACUCGCGACUGGACGAUGUGAUGUUGCUCAGGCUGAGCUGUCACGUGUCAAGGCUCAGAUAGAGUGCGCUCACAAGCGAGCCGAGCAUCUAGCUGCUGAGCUCAACCAGGCUAGACUUGACCAGCAGGCGUCACUGGAUACAACAUCGCGCUAUGGAGAACUUCUGCGCAAAGUGCACACAGUGGACGCCCUGGCCGACAGCAACAGACUCUUGCGGCAGGAGAAAGAUGAUCUACAGCAGCGUGCUGAUCAGGACAGAGCAAGGGCUGAUGCUCUCGCUGCCCAAGUCGAGCCUCUUAACAUCAAGAUCGCGGAAACUCUCGCUGAAGUCGAGACUCUUCAAGUCGAGAAGAAGGCCCUGGAGAAGGACAUAGAGAUGUACAAGAAGCGAACUCAAGAACUUGUAGAGAAACUAAAUCGUGCCAAACCCGAAGACUUCAUGAAGAUGCAACAGGAGUUGGCCGCCACCAAGAAUGCCCUUGCCCUCAAGGAGACAGAUAACAACAAACUCAGAGUACAGGUGGGCCAGCUUCAGAAGAAUAUUAGAAUGGUGGUGACGUCUCGUGAUGGCCUCCAACAGCAGCAUUCUGCUAUCAAGGAAGAGAAAACUAAACUCAUGGAAGAGAACAAGAAGCUUGUGGCUGAGAGGACCAGGCUUGUUGCGCAGGUUGGACAACUGCAGGAGCGCAACUCCUCUCUGCAGGCAGCCCAGCAGCAGGAGCAAUUGAAGCAGCUCGAGCUGCGUAAUCAGCUCUUGCAGCAGCUCGGCGAAGUAAAGCAGCGCGAGGAGGCAGCGAGGCGGGAGUCAGACUUGCUGAAGAAAGAAGCGGAGGCGUCCAAGCGCCUUGCUGACACAACUAAUACCACCCUCGAAGAAACUGAGAACAAGAAUGCUGAACUCCAGAAAGCCUUGACUCAGUUGCGGAAAAUCGCCCAGAAAUACAAGAAGGCUGCAGAAUCUACUUCGGAAGAGGAAGGUUCAUCUUUGGCUGCUCGUGUCAAAGAGCUCGGAGAAACUAACGAAGAAUUGCGCCGUCAGCUUGAAGAAGCUUCUAAGACAGAUGGACGGGACCAAGAAGGAGCAUCGCGUGCCAAGCUGAUGGAAGGAGAGGUGACCCGUCUGCGUCAGGAGCUGGAGGCGCGCACCAAGGAGACUCACGCCCUCAGGAGCACUGUUAACAAGCAGCUCACAGAUAUCGGCAAAAAGUUAGAGGAGGCCAAUGCGAAGAGUCAAGCUGGCGAAUCGCGCGUUGUUCAGCUAGAAAAAGAGAAAGAGCUUUUGACUGGGCAAGUGGAGGCCUUGAACUUGAAAGUAACCACGAUGCAGCGGCAGAUCAACCUGGAUCCCACCGCAUGGCCUAAACAGCAGCAAACGGGGACGUCGAAGCCGUCCACAAGCGUUGCAACAUUGGACAAAGCUCCAAGCGAAUCUCCACCCACUGCCAACAUAAAGCCUUUGGCUGCAGCGUCGCCCUCUGUGACAUUAUCUUCUCCUCGCCCAACGGCUGUGACCACCGCGCCCUCCCGCACAAUUCCGACCGCAAGCAUCCGUCCACUAGCUCCACCUUCCUCGUCCGCUCCUAGCAUGGUUGUGGUGCCUCAUAGAGAUGUGCACAGCGAGGGCCUCGUAUCGUCCUCAACGGCUUUGCCUCAGGCCACCGUCACCCCCACACCAUCUGCUUCUUUACCCACUUCUACUGCCACAACGACAGUCACACUGCCUACGUCCACUGCUACAACCGCUACCCAGCUGCCCAUCGCUGCUGUGGCCGUCUCGUUGGUGCAAGGUACCACGCUCACAGCCACGGUACCACCCACGCCCGCCGUGGCUGCUCCAAUCGUCCCAAGCGGAAGUUCUUCAAGCAGUGUCAGCGUGCCAGUGGCUACUGCCGCGGUUGUAUUGGAAUCAGCAGAGCCAAUAGAGGCAGAAGGAGAAACUGCCGCAGACCAAUUUGUAUCACAGGCCAUUGCUCUGAUUGCGCCUAGCCAAGAGAUACCUUCCGCAGUACCAGGUCCUUCGUUCAAGCGUAAACGCGAAGGUGAAGACCAGCAAUGCGUUGACGAAGAUGAGAACAAACGCACUCGUGUGGAGCUAGAAACGCCGUCUGAAAGUUUGGGGGAAAGCAGCGAGCAGCAGCCGCAGCAAGAAGUUGGAGAUGCAACGAGCUCCUCUAAUUCUCUCCAUGCUGAAGCGCGUGCUGUCGAGGCUUCGAGGGCUGAGGACGAUGUUAUUCUUGUAGACUCUGAUGACGAGGAGCAUCGUGAACGGCAAGAUUCUAAUGAAGUUGAGCAAAGCUUGCCAGCAGAACGCAUGGAAGAGCGCGAGGCUGAAGAACGGCGCAGUUUGGCUGAUAAUGAACUGCCCAUGCAAUGCGAGGCUGCCGAGGUGCCCAGUGAGAGCCACGAAGCCAUGCAGGCCGCGCAGCAGCAACAGCCUUCCUCAUCUUCACCUGGACAUCGGCAGUCUGCACUCGUCCUCCCGCGGCCUUCUGCUAAUAAUGACAGAGUUGGCUCUUCUGGAAGCAGCGACGGAGGCACUGCAAGUCUGUACGAGGAUGGCAGUGACGCGUCCCAAUCUCGGUUUGAAGCGCUGCCUGAACCAGUGAGCUCUCCUCAGCGCGGAACGGCACCGCCAGCACCUCUCUCCCCUGGGACUGACGCGACGAGCGAGAGCGGCGUGAGCACCAGUGAUGCCGUCGGCCCCUCAGCUGACUCAGCAGCUGGCACCUCACAGCAGCAGUUGCAGCACUCGCCUGACGAGAUGGCAGUUCCAUCUGGCAACUACCCUGAGGCUGACAGCGUUGCGGCUCACGACGGUGACGAGGAGAUGGAAGAGGAAGUGGACGAUGAGGAGGAAGAUGUCGGUGAAGAUGAUGAACAAGCUGACGAAGAGAACGACGUUUCGCCUGAAAACAACAGAGAUGUUGAAGAAGAAGACGAUGUCGUUGAAGUCCCGGAUGAUGAAGAAGAGGAAGAAAGCUCUGAAGCGCUGCAGCAGCCCAGAGAGGCCGUACAUCAGGAAAGAGAUGUUGAUGAAGUGACGAGCGGUGGCGAGGAGGUGAGUGGAAGCAUGGGCCCAUCAUCAUCGUCGUAUGCGGCUCCAUCAUCUUCUUCAUCAUCGAUCACCGCCCCAGCUUCCCCAUCGUCAUCCUCUUCCCGUCGCAUCACCCCGAUCACCUGGGACCGCUCCACACCCCAACAUGGCGAACCUCAACGCGGAUCUCGCGCAGGUCAGAGAGUGCGAGGUCCGUACCGCAGCAGCGACCGCAUUCUAGGACGACGCCAGCAGCAGCAAGCACCAGUGGAGGUGCCGCAAAGGGGCGGCUUCACCACUCAGCGCAGCGUCCGUGGAGGCCAGAAGGCGCGUCGCUCUCGUCAGGCGCACAUGUAGAUUUGCGCUAGUCUACUUUAGAUGGCUGGCUGUUUAGAUUUAAUAUCGUUCUAGAAUCAUUUUCCCCAUUUACGAUAACGUGAGGUUUACAUAUAUUGGCUAAAUCUGAUUAUUAUUUUUCAAGAAUUGGAAUUUUUGCUCAAGAGGAAUAUUUCGUUUCUAUGACCCACACGGGCGUUAACAAGUAGUAUGUAGUCAUUGAAGGAAAUGUGAAGCCUAUUUUCGUUUUGUUCACACUGAUCAAUGGCUUAAUUUUUUUUAAAGGGGAUCACCCUUCAUGAAUGGUUCCUUAUUGUUUGUUCAAGUAUGCUACUCUCGGUAUUAUAAUGACCCAAUAUAUGUCAUUUUUCUCAACAUUCCCUCCGAAAUCCGUACAAGUUUACUUGGUGCUAAGCGCAACGACGCUCAGUCAACCGUUCAGAUUUUGGUCGGUAACAUUUGUGCCGCAUUAGAAUAAUCAUCUGAAAUGAACCUGAAGAGAAACGCUGAAGUAUGGAAAUUCUGUACACUGUAUUAUUCAAUUGCUACUUUCUGCAACUUAUAAAUCCUCCAGUUUCAGUUUACGGUUAAUUACUUGGAUGAUAAGCCUAAAACAAAUUACAACCAUUACUUUGGAAGUAGCCUGACUGCUUUGAAUGAAAAGAUUUCACGAUAAGUGUCAAACAUAGCCUCUUGUUCAACACCCUUUAGUCACUUCAUAUUCACUGUCACGCCUAAAUAAUGCAAAAUGUUCAGUCCUGUAAUACUAAUUAUAGAUCUCAAUAAGUGACGGAUGAA